CAUUAAAGUGCGCACAGGAAAUUUGUCGCAGUAAAAUCGUCCAUUACGCUCCCGCUAAAUAGUUUUGUUUUUGAUUGUCUAAGUUGUUUUAAUGUUAAGGUACUGAAUAACUGAUGUAGAGUUUUUCCACUUUACUUUCCGCAAGUAAGUUGCCGUUAUGGAUAUACUGCAGGUUAUGUUUUGGAGCUUUGUGGCUAGCUGUUCAGUUAAAUGAAAGAAACACUGACGUGCAAAUAUGGAUAAAGGUACCCACGUGAAAACGACAUCCGCGCCGUCUGUGUCUCAGAUCAACGCAGAGCAUGUCACUCAGUUGGCUAAUAAAUACUGGGCACCCCAUGUGACUGAAAAAUUACCUUUCGAGCUGAAGGUGAUAGAAAAUAUUUAUCUGACUGAAAUUCUGAAGUCCAAAUUUGCAAUCAGAAAAAUCAUGCUACUGGAAUUUAGUCAGUACCUGGAAAACUACCUGUGGGUGAAUUACAACCCUGAUGUAUCCAGUAAUGCCUAUCUCAUGUCCAUAUGCUGCAUUGUGAAUGAAAAAUUCCGGGAAAAUGUUCCUGCAUGGGAGGUUUUUAAGAGGAAACCCCAGCACUUCCCAUAUUUCUUCAAUCGGGUGUUGGAAGUUUUAGUGACUGAAGACAAACCCGGUUUAUCCUUACAAGAGCAGACAGUGUUGUUGCUCUUCCUUGACCACUGUUUCAACAGCCUGGAAGUAGACCUGAUUAGAGAACAAGUACAGAAGCUUGUCUGCCUGCCUAUGUGGACCUGCCUGAUUCCAGCCAGACUGCAGAAAGAACUGAAGGUGCCAAAGCUGAAAAAAUUCUGGGCUUUAAUAAAGAAGAAUUAUGAUAAAAUGGAUGACAAAGCCUUUGAAGAGGCUGAUAAACAGCGAACAUUUCUUUCCCGACUCAUUAAAAAAUUCCUUGGGGUUUUGACAUCUGUCUCACCAUCAGGAGAAGUUUCGAUGGAGAAAGUUCACUACUGCGAGAGGUUCCUUGAGUUAAUGAUUGACCUUGAGGCUCAGCUUCCAACCCGCCGAUGGUUCAAUGCCGUGCUGGAUAACUCCCAUUUGGUGGUCAGGUGUCAGCUCUCAGGUCUUACCCACAGAGAAAAUGAAGGGCAUCUUUUCUGCCAGCUCUUGGAUAUGCUGAAAUUCUACACCGGAUUUGAAAUAAAUGAUCAAACAGGGAAUGCUCUCACAGAGAAAGAGAUGACAAAUCUACACUAUGACCAAAUCACAUCUCUGCAGAGAGCAGCAUUUGCACAUUUCCCUGAGCUUCAGGACUUUGCUUUAUCCAACGUGGCAGCAGUGGAUACCCGCGAGUCCCUCAUAAAGCACUUUGGUCCUCUCAGUCCCAAUACACUUCAUCAGGUGGCAGCCUACCUCUGUCUCUUACCAGAAUUGUCAGAAGGACAGAAUACUACCAAUGAAAGCGAGUUCCUCUUUGAAAUGCUGGUAUCUCGUCAUGAGAGAAGAAUCUCGCAGAUUGAGCAGCUGAACCAAAUGCCCCUUUAUCCAACUGAGAAGAUAAUUUGGGAUGAGAACAUUGUCCCUACAGAAUAUUAUUCAGGAGAAGGUUGUUUAGCAUUGCCAAAACUGAACCUGCAGUUCCUUACUCUACAUGACUACCUGCUCAGAAACUUCAAUUUGUUUCGGUUGGAGUCUACCUAUGAAAUCAGGCAAGACAUUGAGGAUGUGGUGUCUCGGAUGAAGCCAUGGCAAUCAGAGUAUGGAGGUGUCGUUUUUGGCGGUUGGGCUAGAAUGGCACAGACUAUUCUGUGCUUCUCUAUUGUGGAAGUGGCCAAGCCCAACAUUGGGGAGAACUGGCCUGCCCGUGUUCGAGCCGACAUCACGAUCAACCUCAAUGUGCGAAAUGAAAUCAAAGCAGAAUGGGAAGGAUUGCGGAAACACGACGUUUGCUUCCUCAUCACGGUGCGGCCAAACCUCCUGUAUGGCACACGUUUUGACCGCCGGCAGUCGUUGGCUGAGCAGGCGGGGCUGGUGUAUGUGAGGGGCUGCGAGGUGCAGGGCAUGCUGGAUGACAAGGGCCGCGUCAUCGAGGACGGUCCUGAACCAAAACCUAAGCUGAAAGGCGACACCAGGACAUUUCGUGUUUGGCUGGACCCAAAUCAGUAUCAGCAGGACAUGACAAACAGCAUUCAGACAGGGGCAGAAGACCCCUAUGAGACCUUCAACAUCAUCAUGAGAAGGAAGCCGAAGGAAAACAACUUCAAGGCUGUCUUGGAAACCAUUCGCAACUUGAUGAACACUGAGUGUGUUGUCCCAGAAUGGUUGCACGACAUCAUCCUGGGAUAUGGGAACCCAGACAGCGCCCACUACUCCAGAAUGCCCAACCAAAUCUCCACACUGGAUUUUAAUGACACGUUUCUGUCCAUCGACCACCUGAAGGAUUCCUUUCCGGGUCACAAAGUGAAGGUCACUGUUGAUGACCCUGCCCUUCAGAUACCCCCUUUCAGAAUCAAGUUCCCAGUGAAGGACUUGAAAGGGAGAAAGCGGAAGGCUGAGGAGGAAGGUGUAGAGGAGGCUGGCGAUGAUGACACACUACUGGUGGAGCCUCACGUCAUUCCCAACCGGGGGCCCUACCCCUAUAACCAGCCGAGGAGAAACACCAUCCGCUUCACACCCACACAGAUUGAAGCAGUACGGGCAGGCAUGCAGCCUGGCCUCACAAUGGUUGUGGGCCCUCCAGGUACAGGGAAAACUGAUGUGGCUGUGCAGAUAAUCUCCAACCUUUAUCACAACUUCCCUGAGCAGAGAACUCUGAUCGUGACACACUCUAAUCAGGCCCUGAACCAGCUGUUUGAGAAGAUCAUGGCACUCGAUAUUGAUGAGCGACACCUCCUCCGUCUGGGCCAUGGUGAGGAAGAGCUGGAAACAGAGAAAGACUUCAGCAGAUACGGGAGGGUGAAUUACGUUCUGUCACGGCGAUUGGAGCUGCUCCAGGAAGUGGCCAGGCUGCAGGAAAGUCUGGGUGUGUCAGGGGAUGUCUCCUAUACCUGUGAGACCGCAGGACACUUUUACCUGUACCAGGUGAUUUCUCGCUGGGAGGAGUACAUUAGCAAAGUAAGGCCCAAACAUGGCCAGCAGGUCCACGUGCAGGAAGUGGCCUCACACUUCCCCUUCCACAAGUACUUCAGCAACGCACCCCAACCAGUGUUCAAGGGUCAGACCUACGAGGAAAACAUGGACAUUGCAGAGGGCUGCUUUCGACACGUCAAAAAGAUCUUUACCCAGCUGGAGGAAUUCCGGGCCUUUGAGCUGCUCCGCAGUGGCCUGGACCGAUCUAAGUACCUUCUGGUAAAAGAAGCCAAGAUCAUUGCUAUGACCUGUACUCACGCCGCCCUGAAACGCCAUGAUCUGGUGGAGCUGGGCUUUAAGUAUGACAACAUCUUGAUGGAAGAAGCUGCUCAGAUCCUUGAAAUUGAAACCUUCAUCCCUCUCUUGCUGCAGAACCCAGAAGAUGGUUUCAGCAGGCUGAAACGUUGGAUCAUGAUUGGGGAUCAUCACCAGCUUCCCCCAGUAAUUAAGAACAUGGCCUUUCAGAAGUAUUCCAACAUGGAGCAGUCACUAUUUACCCGCUUUGUGCGUCUCGGUGUCCCCACAGUGGACCUGGAUGCACAGGGCAGGGCUCGAGCUAGUCUGUGUAACCUGUACAACUGGCGUUACAAGAAACUGGGAAACCUGCCCCACGUUCAGCUUCAGCCUGAGUUUUGUGCUCCGAAUCCUGGCCUGACCUUCGAUUUCCAGCUCAUCGAUGUGGAGGACUUCAAUGGUGUGGGUGAAACGGAACCGAAUCCCUACUUCUACCAGAAUCUAGCUGAGGCGGAGUAUGCUGUGGCCCUCUUCAUGUAUAUGCGCCUCCUGGGGUAUCCCGCAGAGAAGAUCAGCAUACUAACCACCUACAAUGGGCAGAAGCACCUCAUCAGGGAUGUGGUGAACCAGCGCUGUGCCAGCAACCCCUUCUUUGGCCAUCCCAGUAAAGUGACAACAGUUGACAGAUUCCAGGGUCAGCAAAAUGAUUACAUCAUCCUCUCACUGGUUCGCACCAAGGCUGUGGGACACUUGAGAGAUGUUCGGCGCUUGAUAGUGGCCAUGUCCAGAGCUAGACUUGGCCUUUACAUCUUUGCACGAGUGUCCCUAUUCCACAACUGCUUUGAACUGACUCCUGUCUUCAGCCAGCUAACUGCUCGCCCUCUGCAGCUUCACAUCCGGCCCCAGGAGUACUACACAGAAGUAGUUCAGGACAGGACUCGCUCCCCAUACUCGGAUCAGGUCAUCAAGAAUAUGCCAGAGAUGGCCAGUCUGGUGUACAACAUGUACAUGAGCAUGAUUCAGAAAACACAAACCAGACAGCAGGUGGAUGACCAUCUUUUAGCUGCACCUUUCCAAGCACAACUGACAGCUGAUGCAAAGAGCAAGCUGGAGCAGGUGGUGCAAGAGCCCAGUACAGAGGAGGCUGAUGUGGAGGACCAUAUGGAGCAGGAAGAGGCAAAACAAGAACACCCCAAAAUGCCUGAGCACCCAGGAAGAGACAGUGACAGUGAAGACAGCGGCGCAGAAGACGAUGCAUAAUGUACCCUAAAGCAUCAGCACCAUUCCCUAGCGUUAUUAGACAUUCUAGAGAAAUGCUUUUGCCUGGUCAUGUAUUUGAGUAAUAUACUCCUUUUGUACUUUGUUUUGCAAAACAACUUUGAUAACUGGCAUUGAAAAAAACUGUUUACUAUGAUUAGCUGGGAAUUUUUUGGAUAGUUUUUUAAAUAAGCUUUUUAAUGAGUACAUGGAAUAUAUAUUUAGUAGUAUACUGGCACACUGCAUACCCUCAGCCUUCUGGAUUUAUUUUCAAUGAAUUCAUUCACAGCCUAUGUCCCACAAGCAUCACUCUGUUAGGGAUGUUCCUGUUAAUACUUAUACAUACAUCACAAUGCAGAGACAUUAUGCAAGUUCUGGUUAUUAAUAGCAGUUCUGCUCAUUACUGUAGACCUGGUAUUUAAAGUUAAUAUUAGCUCAAAUUCUUGUCAUUGCAAAGCAUGGUACACAUUAGGGCUACACGCCAUCACAUCACGAUGUAAUCAUGAUUCUUUGGCGCAUGUGCAAUAGUAAUCUGUAUAAAUUGUGCAUAUCCUUAUGCUUAUCAAAUUUGGUUAGCGGAGCACGCCACAUGCUACUGUUUUGGUAAAUUAUGGAAGCAAUUUAUAAGCACUGAAAUGGUGAAGAAAGGGACAGCUCAGCAACAACAUCUUUUAAAAGAAUGAGA